UCUCGGCUGAAGCGUUCGUACAUACUAGAGUCAAUAUACCGGGACGCCCAACACUUCUCCGCCCUAUGCAACCUUUCUGCGGCCGUCCCAUGCUGCGGAGCCACCGAGCCCUUAUCGAAGGCAACGCGAUAAGGACUCCGGUGUGCACGCAGCCUUGUAUUGCAGCGGUCGCGCAGUCGCGAAGCCUUGUCUACAUGUCGAGCCUCGUCGCAUCCAGGCAGAGUGCGGCGACUCCCCGAAGGAGCGCCAAAGCGCGUAGUCGUUGAAGUAUAGUCGUUGGCCAACGUGCAUUAGCACUUAGUGAUAAACAGGUGCUAAUAAACAGGUGCCCCGCCGUGUGACGUCGUAUUCCACGAAAUCCGAGAUGCCUUCAACGCGGGCACGGUUGAGGGUGCGACGGAGGAAGUGAUUGUGGAGGAAGUGAAACUGCGAUGGUUCGUAAGAUCGAAGGUCUGAUCGUAAGAGCGAAGAUCGAAGCACGGCGGCCAGACAGACAGGUAUAUAGACGGACACAUUCCUCCAAAGCUUAAGCUAGGAGAAGAACACCAGUCUACGAGAACUCCACUAUGCUGCCCAUAGUAGCCAUACUGUUGGCGGUCGCGGUGUUCCUGAUCUCGGCCGCCACCCUCGCUUGGCUCUACCUCCGGCUGAUCAGGCAAAUGUCGUGGGAGGACCACAAGGGAUCGUACCAGCCGUCCAAGACGGAGGAGAAGGUUCUCGGCAAAUCGCUCUCUCUCCUAAACGGCAGAGCGAAGGUCGCCGCCUCCGACGAAACCGACAAGGACGUCGAAGCGGCCGAAGAACAACAACCAUCGGACUCCAGCGUGACACUGUUGUCAGUCACACCUCGCGAGCCAGAAGACAGGCCCGCACUCAACGGUAGUUUCGCAGAGUUUGACCAAUCACAGACAGCCCCCAGUACGUAUUCUUCAGAGAACCAUCCAAUGACGUCAACGCCUGCAGAUGGCCUUAGCGCGCGUCGCUAUACAAGGCCACAAGUGCAGACUGCUUACGCGGGACGAGGCCUCAACUACGCGUCGAUGUCCGCGAUGCACAAUGACCUUAGUGAACGCAAGGUGUUGGAUACUUCUAGGACUAUCGUUCCUGAUAAACAAGCGACUCGACUGAACGAGCCAGCCCAGAGUCACAGCGCGUGCAUGACAACAGCCGUAACGCGCCGAGAGAAAGCGAUGAGUGACGUCGAAGAACUGUCGCUGUCACCGAUGCUCUGGGACUACGCAGGCUUCGAGUGGCCCGGCAAGAACCGGGAAGACGUGUUCACCACGGACGCUGACGCUUACACCGGCUCAGAGUGCAGCGGCGCCGGCGAAGAGGAAGAGGAGGAGGAAGAUGAUUCGGAUGGCCACUCGAGCACGUCGGGAGUGCAACGAGGAGUGCGCAAGAGGGAACGCUCGUACUCUUGCUACCCGUUCGUCGAACACUGCCCGCGGCAAGUGCAGCAUCACAGAUGCGUCCCAUUCGUGCAACCAGAGUGCGCGGCAGUGCACUGCAGCGCAACGUCUUUGGGAAGCUUGCCCAUCUCGGAGGAAGACGAGGCUGACCAAGGGUUCUUCGGGAAGGCCCAGCACGACGAGACCUACAGACAGUACCUGAAAAGUAUCAUUCUGAAGCGUAAAGCCAGAAUGUACUAUGGACCCUACGGCCAUUUUCCCUACUCCUGAAUACUACGAGAAACACCAGAAGGCGAGGUCAGCGCGCCGCCCUUUCAGCAAUCCACGAACGUGUCCUUCCAACAACCUGAGUGUACGGUCAAUGACUCAUGCGUCUUGGACUGGCAACAUAGCUUUAACCUCGU